UUAACGGAAGUUGCAUGUGCUCCCUGUCGGCUGCUAGAAGUGGCAGCGUCACGAUGUUACAACCGAUUAUGCACGUUUUGAACGUUCAAAGAAUUAUUCUCGCAUCAGGAUCCCCUCGGAGGAUGCAAAUCUUACAGAAUAUUGGGUUACAAUUUGAAGCUGUACCCUCAACGUUCGAAGAGAAUCUGGAUAAAAGUUUAUUUCCACACCCAAGUGAUUAUGUCAAAGAGAAUGCAAGACUUAAAGCAUUGGAGGUUGCAAACAAGUUGGCUGGUGAUCAGAUUGUUCCAGACCUGGUGAUUGGGGCUGACACCGUUGUUGCCAUGGACAACACAAUCUAUGAAAAGCCGAAAAGUCGAGAUGAUGCCAUCAACAUGUUAACUGGGUUCAGUGGGCGAAGUCACACGGUCUACACUGGAAUUGCUCUCGUUUCACCUUUACAGUCUUCAGUAAUUACAAGUGGCGAAGUAACGGAGGAUGGCAAGUUCCGACUGAACCUAUUCCAUGAAGCCACCGAUGUGAUGAUGACCGACCUGACCGAGGAGGUUGUCAAGAUGUACAUCGACACCGGAGAACCAAUGGACAAGGCCGGAGGGUAUGGGAUCCAGGCUAUUGGAGGAACAUUGGUGAAGGGCAUCAGGGGAGACUACUUCAAUGUCAUGGGCUUCCCCCUCCACAGCUUCUCCCGGACUCUCGCAAGUCUCUACCAGUCUCAACACUCACAGACAUGACACUGGGCUUCCCCCUCCACAGCUUCUCCCGGACUCUCACAAGUCUCUACCAGUCUCAACACUCACAGACAUGACACUGGGCUUCCCCCUCCACAGCUUCUCCCGGACUCUCACAAGUCUCUACCAGUCUCAACACUCACAGACAUGACACUGGGCUUCCCCCUCCACAGCUUUUCCCGGACUCUCACAAGUCUCUACCAGUCUCAACACUCACAGACAUGACACUGGGCUUCCCCCUCCACAGCUUCUCCCGGACUCUCGCAAGUCUCUAUCAGUCUCAACACUCACAGACAUGACACUGGGCUUCCCCCUCCACAGCUUCUCCCGGACUCUCGCAAGUCUCUACCAGUCUCAACACUCACAGACAUGACACUGGGCUUCCCCCUCCACAGCUUCUCCCGGACUCUCACAAGUCUCUACCAGUCUCAACACUCACAGACAUGACACUGGGCUUCCCCCUCCACAGCUUUUCCCGGACUCUCACAAGUCUCUACCAGUCUCAACACUCACAGACAUGACACUGGGCUUCCCCCUCCACAGCUUCUCCCGGACUCUCGCAAGUCUCUAUCAGUCUCAACACUCACAGACAUGACACUGAACUUCCCCCUCCACAGCUUCUCCCGGACUCUCGCAAGUCUCUACCAGUCUCAACACUCACAGACAUGACACUGGGCUUCCCCCUCCACAGCUUCUCCCGGACUCUCGCAAGUCUCUACCAGUCUCAACACUCACAGACAUUACACUGGGCUUCCCCCUCCACAGCUUCUCCCGGACUCUCGCAAGUCUCUACCAGUCUCAACACUCACAGACAUGACACUGGGCUUCCCCCUCCACAGCUUCUCCCGGACUCUCGCAAGUCUCUACCAGUCUCAACACUCACAGACAUGACAGUGGAGGAUUAUGGGCUUCCCCCACCACAGCUUCUCUUGGACUCUCGCAAGUCUCUACCAGUCUCAACACUCACAGACAUGACUGUGGAGGAUUAUGGGCGUUAACAAUCAUUUCAUGUACACUACUAGGGGUGAAGUGACACUGACGUGACAGAUCUUGAACUGACACAAGUGUUUAUCCAGGACAUUAUGGGAGGAAUAUGCAUUACCCCCAAAUGAAGAAGUUUUAAGCACAAGUUUGGAUAAAUGAUCAUUUAUAAAAAAUUACUACCAAAUGUGAUCAGAGAGUCAAGCUGAGACAGUUUGUGAAUGUGGAAACUAUGUAUCAUUGUAUAGGGAUGUGCCAUUUUAUAAUGAACAAACAUUCGAGGUUUGCUUGUAACGCAUACAUGCACACACACCAAGGCACACACACAUUUUACUCUGAGUCAGUCACACACACACACACACACACACACACACACACACACACACACACACACACACACACACACACACACACACACAC